AUGGCCAGAUGGGGAAUAAGUGAAAAGGUUAUAUCUGACAAUGGGCCCUGUUAUAGCUCACAGGAGUUUGUAAAUUUUGCAAGGAAAUGGGACAUUAAGCAUGAAACAUGUAGCCCAUACCAUAGCCAAUCAAACGGUCUAGCUGAAAAAUAUGUCUCUAUUUGCAAAAGAAUUUUGACAAAAGCUAAGGCAAGUAAAGGGGAUCCACUAAUAGGAAUUUUACAGUACAGAACAACCCCUCUAGAAUCGGGUCUCUCCCCUGCUCAAUUGCUUAUGGGAAAACAAUUAAGGUCUGUACUACCCACCUCAAGAGAUAAUCUCACUCCCAAAAUUCUCUCUCCAAAUCUGGUCAAGGAAACAACUAAAAUUAGCAAAGGGAAGUGGAAAUCUUUCUAUGACGGGCAGACUAAAUCCCUAGAGCUUCUUAGUAUAGGUCAAACAGCUCGGAUACAACAGCUGAAUAAAACUUGGCAACCAGCAGUUGUAACUGAAAGGCACAAUGACAGGUCUUAUUCAGUUUGCACUCCAGAUGGUGCUAUUUAUAGACGCAAUAGACGGAAUCUGCUCAAAACUAAUGAACCCAGUCCGGAAACAGGUGCUCUAGAUCCUGAAAUACAAACACCCUCUUAUACAGAGGAAACACCUUUGAUGUCUGAAAUCAAAGAAGCAAGUGAUUCACAGGUCCCUGCUAGUACAGAUUCAAACAGAUGUGUUACCAGAUCCGGAAAAACAGUGAUACCAACGAUAAUUGAAUCAAUGUAA